AUGGAUAAAGAGGGAGGAAGGGAGAAAGUGGAGAGUGGUGGGGUAUCUUAUGAGUUGAAGAAUUCGGAAGGAGAUGAGGUUUUUGAGGAGGCAAUUGAUCCGGUAAAGGAUUUCGAUGAACAGGGUGAUGUUGCUGCUGCUACUACUGUUAGUACAUUGCCUUCAGAUUUGGUUGAUGAAAUUGCUGAUAACGCCGAAGAACCGGAUAACUUUCAUGAGUCAAUUGGGGUUUCUCAUGAGGAUGCCGGACACUUAAAUGAGGAGAUAGUUGAAGUGAUUGCUACUCAGGAGGAGGUGCCCGAGGCUAAGGCUGGACAACUUUAUAGCUCUUGUUUAGAUGUUACUGAAGAGACUAAGGAUGGAGUAGUAUCUUGUGAUGAAUCCAACAGGACCAGGGAUGAUUUUAGUGGGGGAAAGGAGUUAGCUGAUUUAAAUACUGAUGGAAGCAUGGUAUUUCAGGAGGGUAGAGACUUGGUGAAUGGGAACUCUGGUUUAUUGAGUGAGAAGGGGGAAGAUGAGGAUCUUGAAUACGUGACUCCCAGACAAAAUGGUGGUGUGGUUUUGGAAAUUGCAAGCACGGACAAGGUGGAUUAUGCUAUUGAUGAGCUUAAUACAGAAUUGGGAUCUGAUGAAGAGAUGAGAAACCAGGCUUCUGAUGCCGGGUAUUUGAAAGAGGGUGGCUUGGAUCCUGAUCUCAAAGAUGAAAAGAUAGAGGAACAGUGCAAUGAUUCAGGUGAUCCUUAUAAUGAAAUUCAAGAUGAUCCAGUUGAAAGAUCUAUAGAAAUGGUGGAUGAGACCAUUGACAUUGAUAUCAUCGACAGUGAUACAAAUGGCCAAGAAAUGGGAAUAUCUGAUACAACCAAGGAUGAUCAUGCCGGAUCAAAUUCAGAGCAUCUGGAAACAAUUGGUGAAGCAGGAGGAUCUCUGGCCGUGGAUGAAAGAAAAGUGAUUGAAACUGCUGGAAGCUCAUUCCUGUCAGAAAUUUCUUUUGCUAAUGAGAUGCCGGCUGUUCAGGCUACUGCAGCUGAUUCAGAAGAAGGGAAUGCAAAGAUUUACCAGUCUCAGAUUUCUAAGGAAGAUAAUCAAGGAAAAUAUGAAAACUUAUCUGUUGUUGAAAGAAGCAAAGUGAUUGAAACAGGAGGAUCUUCUCCGUCUUUGGAUGAAAGAACAGUGACUGAAACUAUUAGAAGCUCAUCUCCAUCAGAAAACUCUUUUGGUAAUGAGACGCUGACUGUUCAGGCUACUGCAGCUGAAACAGGAGGAUCUUCUCCAGCAUUUGAUGAAAGAACAGUGACUGAAACUGUUGGAAUCUCAUCCACAUCAGAAAACUCUUUUGCUAAUGAGAUGCCAACUGUUAAGGCUGCUGCAGCUGAUCCAGAAGAAGGGAGUACACAAGUUUACCCGUCUAAGAUUUCGAAUGAAGAAAGUCAAGGAAAUUAUAAAAAGUCAUUUGUUGUUCAGGAACCUGAAAAGAUACCAGAGAAUAAUGUGAAAGAGAAGCAAUCUACUCAGAUCGCUAAAGAACAUGAGCUUGAUUCUUUAUCUGGAAAACCUGUUGCUACUAGCACCCCUCUUGAUCAUCCUGUUGGCCUUGGAUCUGCAGCUCCAUUGUCGAAGCCUGCUCCUAGGGUAGUGCAGCAGACAGGGGUGGAUAGUACCAAAGAAAAGCAAACCAAUCAGAUCAUUAAUAAACAGAAUAGUGAGUUUGAUUCCUCAUCAGGAAAAUCUGUUGCUGCUAGCACCCCUCUUGAUCAUCCCGUUGGCCUUGGAUCUGCAGCUCCAUUAUUGAAACCUGCUCCAAGGGCAGUGCAGCAACCACGGAUGAAUAAUACUAAAGAAAAGCAAACCUAUCAGAUCACUAAAGAACAGAGUAAUGAGCUUGAUUCCUCAUCUGGACAUUCUGUUGCUACUAGCACCCCUCAUGUUCGUCCUGUUGACCUUGGACCUGCAACAUCUUUGUCGGAACCUGCUCCCAGGGUAGUGCAGCAGCCACGGGUGAAUAAUACUGUUUCUAAUACACAGUCCCAAAAAAUAGAAGACUCCUCAACUGUGGAGGCUGAGGAGUAUGAUGAGACUCGAGAGAAACUUCAAAUGAUUAGGGUGAAGUUUUUGCGGCUGGCUAAUAGGUUUGGGCAGACACCCCACAAUGUUGUUGUAGCACAAGUUCUUUAUAGAUUAGGACUGGCCGAACAACUUAGAGGGAGGAAUGGGGGCCGUGUUGGCUCUUUUAGCUUUGAUCGUGCAAGUGCAAUGGCCGAGCAACUCGAAUCAGCAGGUCAAGAGCCACUUGAUUUCUCUUGUACAAUAAUGGUUAUUGGAAAGACAGGAGUUGGAAAAAGUUCAACUAUCAAUUCUAUCUUUGAUGAGGUUAAAUUUAAAACUGAUGCUUUUCGUGUGGGAACAAAAAAGGUUCAGGAUGUUGUGGGAACAGUACAGGGCAUUAAAGUCCGGGUCAUUGAUACACCGGGACUUCUACCUUCUUGGUCAGACCAGCAACACAACGUGAAGAUUCUCCACUCUGUCCAACACUUUAUUAAGAAAACACCACCAGAUAUUCUGCUGUAUCUUGAUAGGUUAGAUAUGCAGAGCCGGGAUUUUAGUGAUAUGCCGCUCUUACGCACGAUAACUGACAUUUUUGGACCACCCAUAUGGUUCAAUGCUAUUGUGGUUUUGACUCAUGCAGCAUCUCCUCCACCUGAUGGACCUAAUGGCACUCCUUCCAGUUAUGACAUGUUUGUCACACAGCGCUCUCAUGUUGUGCAGCAAGCCAUUCGCCAAGCAGCUGGUGAUAUGCGUCUCAUGAAUCCUGUAUCUUUGGUGGAGAACCAUUCUGCAUGUAGAAUUAAUACUGCCGGCCAAAGAGUGUUGCCUAAUGAUCAGGUUUGGAAACCUCAUUUGUUACUCUUAUCUUUUGCGUCAAAAAUUCUGGCGGAAGCAAAUGCUCUUCUUAAGUUACAAGAUAAUCCACAUGAAAAGCCCUACACAGCUCGUGCAAGAGCGCCGCCGUUACCAUUUCUCCUGUCUUCCCUUCUGCAGUCAAGGCCACAAUUAAAAUUGCCAGAGGAGCAAUUCAAUGAUGAGGACAGUCUCAACAAUGAUCUUGAUGAACCAUCAGAUUCUGGUGAUGAAACAGACCCUGAUGACUUACCACCAUUUAAACCUUUGACAAAGGCCCAAAUCAGAAACCUUUCCAGAGCUCAAAAGAAAGCAUAUCUGGAUGAGGUUGAGUACCGAGAAAAACUCUUCAUGAAGAAACAAUUAAAGUAUGAAAAAAGACAACGAAAGAUGAUGAGGGAAAUGGCAGAAUCAAUGAAAGAUCUGCCAAGUGAUUAUGGUGAAAAUGUCAAAGAAGAAAUUGGUGGUGCAGCUUCUGAUCCUAUUCCCAUGCCUGAUAUGUCCUUGCCUGCUUCCUUUGAUUCUGAUACUCCCACUCACCGGUAUCGUUAUCUUGAUUCAUCCAACCAGUGGCUUGUAAGACCCGUCCUAGAAACUCAAGGAUGGGAUCAUGAUGUGGGUUAUGAAGGCUUAAAUGUAGAAAGGCUGUUUGUUCUUAAAGAGAAGAUACCUGUGUCUUUUAGUGGUCAAGUUACCAAGGAUAAAAAGGAUGUUAAUCUUCAGAUGGAAAUGGCAAGUUCAGUUAAGUAUGGAGACGGGAAAGCAACUUCGUUAGGUUUUGAUAUGCAGACUGUUGGGAAAGACUUAGCUUACACACUACGGAGCGAGACGAAAUUUUGUAAUUUUAGGAGAAAUAAAGCAACUGCUGGUCUCUCAUUUACUCUCUUGGGUGAUGCCUUGUCAGCCGGAGUUAAAGUCGAAGAUAAGUUAAUUGCGAAUAAGCAAUUCGAAUUGGUUAUCGCUGGUGGUGCAAUGACAGGGCGUGAUGAUAUUGCUUAUGGUGGCAGUUUGGAGGCCAUCUUGAGAGAUAAAGAUUACCCUUUAGGACGCUCAUUAUCAACUCUUGGGCUUUCUGUUAUGGAUUGGCAUGGAGAUCUUGCUGUUGGGUGCAAUUUACAAUCACAAAUUCCCAUUGGACGGUAUUCAAACCUUGUUGCACGAGGCAAUUUGAACAAUCGCGGGUCUGGACAAAUUAGCAUUCGAUUAAAUAGUUCAGAGCAACUUCAAAUUGCUUUGAUUGGCCUCAUCCCUCUACUUCAGAAGGUUGUGGGUUAUUCUCAACAAUUGCAGUUUGGACAGUGA